GCGAAGCUCCGCCCCCUGCCUCAGUCGGCCUUUCAUUUCGCAGAGGGAAGAGGCCGCGCCGCUGCGUUCCGGGGACCAACAAUAGCAGCAGCGACGAUGCCGAAACAUGAGUUCUUCGUAGACAUGACCUGUGAAGGGUGCUCCAAUGCUGUAACCCGUGUUCUCAACAAGCUGGGAGGUGUUCAGUUUGAAAUCGACCUCCCCAACAAGAAAGUGAGCAUUGAAUCAGAGCACAGUGUCAACACUCUGUUGGACACACUGAAGAAAACAGGGAAGAAUGCCUCUUAUAUUGGAGAGAAGUAAUCACACGGGAAGGCUUGGCUAGUGGGGCUCCUGUGCUUCAGUAAAGCACCACUUAACAUGACUUCUGUAAGAAGGCUGCUGUUUAUGCUUCUCUCAGUCCUGUUCCUUGACUACAGUUGCCCUGCAGAUGUUAGAGAAGAAUGGGUGAGAAGAAGACUGCUCUUGGUGGGGAAAGAGACAUUUUCAUCCCAGAUAUCCCAAGUCUCCUCUUUGUAGUAAAUACAGUGUGCAUUUUUCUGUUUGGCUUUGUAAUAAAGCAAGGAGCUGCUCAGUG